AUGGACCCUUCGCUGCGCCGACGCGUCGGAAUGGUCCUCCUGUUCCUCCUGGCGGGCGUCUGCCUCAGCGGCCUCUUCACCGCGCCACUGGCCGCGCACCCGCCGCUCUUCCGAGCGCGAGGCGCCUCCUUCGACCGCAGCGUGGCGCGGGACAAGGCCGUGGUCAUGUGCAUGCACGACGGCGUGGUGCCCAUGGGGCUCUCGCUCGUGCGGGAGCUGCGCUGCCUGGGCAACCGCGAGCUCAUCCAGGUGUACCACUGCUUCCCGGACGAGCUGUCGGCCAAGUCGAGGGAGCUCAUGUUCGCCGCCGACUCGAGGCUCGAGAUCGUGGACGUGUGCUCGGACCUCGUGGAGAGCGGCGCGCUGGACGAGGAGACGGCCAGGCACUUCCGCAGCUGGUGGAUCAAGCCCCUGGCGCUCCACCACACGGACGCGCGCGAGGUUAUUCUGCUGGACGUGGACGACCUGUUCAUGCGGGACCCGGCGGUGCUGCGCACCACGGAGGGCUACAAGCGCACGGGCACCACCUUCUUCUACGACCGCGUGAUCGCAGGCCACGAGUUCUUCAACCACAGGAUGGACAACAACGUCUCGUACCUGGAGUACGCGCUGCACGAGUUCGACUACGCUAGUAUCGGCGUGAGGGACGGGUACGAGCCCUCCGAGCACCUGAAGCAGUCGUACGCGUAUAGAGGAGAGACGGCUCACGAACAAGACUCGUCGGUCGUCGUCGUGGACAAGUCGAGGGCUGGCCAGGCCAUGCAGGCGCUCUGGUGGCUCAUUACCAAGGAGCGAUUUCAAGAGAACCACCAGUUCUCCUACGGAGACAAGGAGUCCUUCUGGCUGAGCUUUGAGCUGGCCAAGCAGCCCUACUUCUUCUCGCCCUGGGGGGUGAGUGUGGUAGAUUCCUCCACCAACGACGACCUGAUCACGCACAACGACUCGCUCUGCGGUAGCAUCGCGCACUUUAUGCCCGUGGAGGACGAGAUCCCCGAGUUCCUCUACGUGAACGGCAAGGCGCUGCUGGACCCGUUCGCCGAAGGACUCACGAGCCACCACACAGCCACGACCAACGUGCUGUACAACACGAACCCGACGCACAUUUCACCCCGUCAGAAGCGGGCGCCCAAUGGAGAGACCAAGACGGACUUCCGAGACGGCUGGCCCAACGAGUGUCUGAAGGGAUUCGGAGCCACCCCCUUGCCUGACAAUUUUGCACCGCAGCUACUUCGGCGACGCAUGUUCUACAUGGGCGCUCGGAUGGGUGUCCCGUCGGCGCUGCAAGCAUGCUACCCGUUCAAUGGUUAA